CUCCAAGAGCGCAGUAGUAAAUGUUUUUGUUGUUAUUAUUACUAUUAUUAUUAUCAUCAUCAUCAUCAUCAUCAUCAUCGUUGUCGUAAUCGUCGUAAUCGUCGCAAUCGCCAUCGCGUCACGGAAUAGAUGAAUUUCAUCUAUUCUGUGGUUGCAUCGCGUUAUCACGGCGACGGCAGAGCCACCGUAGCCGCGCAAUACUUGACCACUGCACCCGUGUACCUAGAGAGGGCUUAGUAUAUUUUAAUUCGUACCUACUUAUUACGGUUAUCGUGUUGUUGUUGUUCUCUUCAUCGUCGUCGUCGUCGUCGUCGUCGUCGCACGCACUUAUAUAAUUAUAACAAUUUUUUUUUUCGUAGAACCGUACGUGCGCGCGUGCGCGUGUAUUGUUGUUACCCUUUGUUUCGCGUGUUGUUCGUGCGCGCACACACGUUCAGAUACCGUACACAUAUAUAGAUAUAGGUAUAUGUGUGCGUGUUAACGUACGUGUAAACGAUUCGGAAUGAGUGGUUCGAGCAGGGGAAAUCGUAGUCGGACGACGACGACGUCGGCGGUUGCUGCUGCUGCGACGUCGACCGCGGCGGAGGCGGUGCAACGCGAUAGCCUCGUCGACGGUUGCUGCGGAACGACGACGACGACGACGACAACGAUCGGUGAUCGGGCCGGACAAUGGUUUUUGUUGCGCUCCGACGCCGCGUGGGCGAGCACGUAAGGAGCACUCCUUAACAGCAACCGACCGCCGAAGACAGCGGUGCGAGUUUUCCACGAUAGUCGGCCGCGAGAUUUUCGUCCUCGACCGGUGUCACUGCUGCUAUGCCUGUCGUAAACCGCUGCUGGGGUGAAUGUCAAGGUGUUUUUUGAGUGGAUUUAUUUUUCACUUAAUACAUGGCCAUGGAAACGCUUACAAGAGAUGUGCCAUCUAGUAUGCACCACCAUAAUAAUUCAUCUGUUUCAAACAUGAAACACAGUUAUGUUCAGCUGUCCAAAACAUGUUUAGAUGAAGAUGCUCAAAUAAAUAAAAAAUUACCUAAAGAGCUUUUAUUACGAAUAUUUUCAUACCUAGACGUUGUGUCAUUAUGCCGAUGUGCUCAAGUAUCUCGUUCAUGGAAUGUAUUAGCCUUAGAUGGAAGCAAUUGGCAAAAAAUUGACUUAUUUGACUUUCAAACAGAUGUUGAAGGUCCAGUGAUAGAAAAUAUUUCUCACAGAUGUGGGGGUUUCUUGCGUCAAAUUAGUUUACGUGGAUGUCAAUCUGUUGGUGAUGGCUCUCUGAAAACUCUUGCUCAGUGUUGUAAUUAUAUUGAAUAUAUUAAUCUGAAUGGAUGCAAGAGAAUAACAGACAGCACUAGUCAAUCUUUAAGCCAAUAUUGUAAAAAACUACUGUCCUUAGACAUAGGAUCAUGCUCUAUGGUUACUGAUUUAUCUUUAAAAGCAAUUUCUGAUGGUUGUCCAAAUUUGACCAGUGUUAAUAUAUCAUGGUGUGAUGGCAUUACAGAAAAUGGUGUAGAAGCAUUGGCACAUGGUUGUCCAAAACUUAAGUCGUUUAUAUCCAAAGGCUGUACUAGAAUGACCACACGAGCAAUCAGUUGCUUAGCACAACAUUGUGUAAAAUUAGAAUUAAUAAAUUUGCAUGGAUGCAAUAAUAUUGAAGAUGAAGCUGUGAUAAAGUUGGCGAACAACUGCAAUUCCUUAAAGUAUAUAUGUUUUGCUAAUUGUUCUCUGUUAACUGAUAAUUGUCUCGUUGCCCUGUCUGAGCAAUGCUAUCAAUUAAAUACUUUGGAAGUAGCAGGUUGUUCUCAGUUUACUGAUAUAGGAUUUUUAGCAUUAUCAAAAACUUGUCAUCUUUUGGAGAAAAUGGAUUUAGAAGAAUGUGUAUUUAUUACAGACUCAACUCUAUUUCAUUUAGCAAUGGGAUGUCCUAGACUUGAAUAUUUGAGCUUGUCACACUGUGAAUUGAUCACGGAUGAAGGUAUCAGACAUCUGAGUACUUCGGCAUGUGCAUCAGAACAUUUGGCUGUGCUUGAACUAGACAAUUGUCCUCUUAUUACUGAUGCAUCUCUUGAUCACCUUAUUAACUGUCAUAAUUUACAAAGAAUUAUGUUGUACGAUUGUCAGCUUAUUACUAGAAAUGGAAUAAAACGACUUCGAACACACUCUCCUAACAUUAAUGUACAUGCCUAUUUUGCACCUGUAACACCACCACCAUCCACUGGCAAUAGUCGUCAACAUUAUUGUCGUUGCUGCGCCAUAUUGUGAGACUGGCUUGAAGGCCGGUCAUGCACACGUUUAUGUGCUACUUGCCUGAAAUAUUUGGCCAACUUAUUGCAAUCAUUCGCCUGCUGUGUAUUAAAAUAUAAUAUUUAUUUUCUACCAUUCUUUUUUAUUAUGAUGAUGUUAUAUUGUUUAUUAUUAUAUUUAGUAUACGUACAUAGAUAAUGAUUGUAUUUUAAGUUCUAUAAAGAAAUACUGUCCAUUUGGACUGAUAUAUUAUUUAA